AUGAUCGCUAGAGUAACAGUAAUCCUUUGUGCGUUGGCGCUGGCCUCCGCGGGAAUAGUCCAGCUUGGACACGGUUACGCCGGGGAAGCUUAUGGACACGAAGCGGUGCGUACGCACCCGUCCCACUACGGAGGACACGAGGAUACGCAUGUAGACUACCAUGCCCACCCUAAAUACGACUACUCUUACUCGGUAUCCGACCCACACACUGGUGACCACAAGACCCAACACGAGGUCCGUGAUGGUGAUGUAGUGAAGGGAGAAUACUCCCUGCUGCAACCCGACGGUUCCUUCAGGAAGGUCACCUACACCGCUGAUGACCACAACGGUUUCAACGCGGUCGUCCACAACACUGCGCCUGCGCACCACGAGUACCACUAG